AUGUCACUGCCUGUAGAUCCCUUGGGGCCAGCACGGAUGAGUCCUGAGGAUCUGGUGAGCCAGACACGGCAAGUUGUCCAAGGGCUGGAAGCCUUGAGAUUGGAGCAUCGUGGCUUGGCCGGGCGACUGCAGGAAGCCCUGACUGAGGCCGGGGCCAGUUCAGGGGAAGGGACCUUCCCAGGUCUGGAUCUGCUGAAGGAGAAACACCAUGCUCUUAGCCAGUCCCUGGAGGCCAUUGAGCUAGGUCUGGGAGAGGCUCAGGUGCUGCUAGCACUGUCCACACAUGUCGGGGCUCUGGAGGCUGAGAAGCAGCGGCUUCGAGCCCAAGCUCGGCGCCUGGCCCAGGAGAAUGCCUGGCUUCAGGAAGAGCUGGAGGAGACAAGGAAGAGGCUGCAGGCCAGUGAAGAGACUGUGGCCCAGCUCGAGGAGGAGAAGAGUCACCUCGAGUUCUUGGGCCAGCUGAGGCGCUAUGAUACCUUGGACGAUGAGAGCCACCAGGAAGGCACCAAGGAGAAGACAGAAGAACGUCGAGACAGCCUUACCUCUCUGUUCCCCAGUGAAGACAAGAAAAGUCACGAGGCAUUUGGUGCGGCAGCUGCCCAGCAAGGUGGCUAUGAGAUCCCGGCCCGCCUGAGGACAUUACACAACCUUGUUAUCCAGUAUGCAGGGCAGGGACGUUAUGAAGUGGCCGUACCCUUGUGCCGCCAGGCUCUGGAGGACCUGGAGCACACCUCUGGUCACUGCCACCCGGACGUGGCCACCAUGCUGAACAUCCUGGCCCUGGUGUACCGGGACCAGAACAAGUACAAAGAGGCCACAGAACUUCUCCAGGAUGCCCUGCAGAUCCGGGAACAGACACUGGGGCCCGAGCACCCAGCAGUGGCGGCCACCCUGAACAACCUAGCUGUGUUGUAUGGGAAACGGGGUCGCUAUCGCGAGGCAGAGCCCCUUUGCCAGAGGGCCCUGGAGAUCCGUGAGAAGGUCUUGGGCGCUGACCACCCAGAUGUAGCCAAACAGCUGAACAACCUGGCCUUGUUGUGUCAGAACCAGGGCAAGUUUGAGGAGGUGGAGAAGCAUUAUGGGCGGGCACUGGCCAUCUACGAAGCCUUGGGGGGCCCCGACGACCCUAACGUGGCCAAGACCAAGAACAAUCUGGCCUCAGCUUACCUGAAACAGAACAAGUAUGAACAGGCUGAAGAAUUGUACAAGGAGAUUCUCAGCAGGCAGGACCUCCCUGCCCCCCUGGGGAACCCUGUCAUUGGAGCCUCAGGGGACAAGGAACACCAGGUCCUGCGACGGAGUACCUCCUUUUCCAAGCUCCGAGAGUCAAUCCGACGAGGGAGUGAGAAGCUGGUAUCCCGCCUGCGGGGCGAGGGAUCCUCCGGGAUGAAGCGGGCUAUGUCCCUCAGCGUGCUCAACACUGAGGACCCCAGGGCCAGCAGGAUGCAGGUGUCGGGCAGCCAGCUGAGCCUGAUGCGACCGCUGAGCACCAGCACCCAAGAACUGGGCCUCCCUCUGGACCAGCAUUAGAGGCCAGGCCUGGCCACAGAAGCUUCUCAGGAAUAUGGCAGUGGGAUGGGGCAUCACAGAUCUGGCGUCAUCCUCUCCCCUUCCACCCUGCUCCAGUUUCUUCUGGCCCCUCCUCUGUCUAUAUUUAUUAUGUUUAUACGCACCUAGAGGCAUCCUCA